UGUCUUUGGCCGAUGACAAAAUUCUAUUUUUGGCCGUUCCGGUGAUGAGUGAAGACGGAAGUGUUGUUGCCGGGCAGUAAUCAGUCAGUUGUACUCCCCCCUACUUUUCGUUGAUGGUGUCACAGAAUUGGAUGUUGUUUUAGAAAGCGGGUUUCGGACGCCAGAGGAGGAUGUACCUUUCAUAACUUUUUUGGAAUACCUGUGUGAUAUACUUUUGAAGCACAGCAAAACGUUCACGGGUCCGGCUCCCAGCUGAUCCGUCGCAACUCGGCCAAAGGGACACAACCCAAUGUGGUCUCCCCUGUCAAGUCGAGCAACAUCCAGCGCAGCAAGUCGCUGCACGCUGUCAAUCAGCCGGCCAACGACGCUGCUUCUUCCCCUCCUCCCCCAUCCGCUUCUGCUUCCUCCUCCUCCUCCUCCUCCUCCUCCUCCUCACCUUUUAAAUCUCUCAAACAUAUCCGAGAUAUUAAGCAAAACGCAGCGGUGGUUGCUAAUAGAGGGUUUAGCAGUAAUAGGUCUCAUAACGCCCCUAUUAUUUUGAGAACUUCAACUACAAAUGGCGCAAGUAGUAAUAAUAAUGCUGGGGGUAGAAGUAAUAACAAUGAGGGCGCUAGUAGAAUUGGUGGGAAUUACGCAGGCAACAGUGAGAGCGAGGAUAGGGCCGCUGUGGGCGCCAAUCUUGGGAACAGAGCGUGGCUGAAGGACGCCAAUCUUGCCUCAGUGGCUGGGGGGAUAUCUGGCACGGGCCGAAGAGGGUCAGGGGUCAAUUCUAGCGCCAACGAAAACACAAACGAUGGUGGAAUGGUGUCGUCUUCUUCAUCUUCUUCUUCUUCCACUACUACUAUUACUACUGGUGGUGGUGGCGGUGGCGGUGGUGGUGGGUUGUAUGUAAAAAGGCGAGCAGGGUCCCAGCCUCGAGUUGUGACCACUUCUGUGUUCCCAGCUAGGGACUCCGCUGAGAAAGGGGACCCAGUAUCCUCGCGAUACACUUCUACAACAGCUGCUUCCUCAUCAUCCUCUUCCUCCUCCACCCCUGUAUCCGCUGCACUCCCGCCUCGACCACCCUCCUCAUCCUCCUCCUCUUCAGCUAUUGCUUCGUCCCCUUUUUCCUCCGCUUCAGCGAAUCCCGCGUCUUCGUCUUCUUCUUCCUCUUCCUCCUCCUCCUCCGCUUCGCAAAUCCGCGUGCUUCGGUCCAAACAAACCGGAGCGCCCAACGCGGACACCCCCGCCCCCUCUUUCGCCCACACCAGCCCUCUCCAGCGUGCUCAAGGAGUGAGUAAGUCCCAGAUCUUAUUGCAAACGCCGGCGGCCUCGGGCUCUUCCUCCUCCUCGUCUUCUGGUGGCCAAGAGUUCCGAGGUCUGCCCAGCGUCCGGUUGCUCGCCCAGUCGUUCGGCAGCAACACGGCCCUGAACCAGCUCCCCCCGCACAGCACUAACCCCCGCGCACUGAGUGGCAGCCACACUAACCUGUCUCCCAGCCGGGCGGUGGUCCGGUCCAGCAGCAGCGUCUGCAUAAGCGAGAGCAGACGACCGGCCGCUCGACCCUCCAAUAAUUUUCUCUUCAUCAAGGGCAACAACACGGGGGCGCCUCAACAGCAGCAGCAGCAGUCGGGACUACAGGACGAGCCUGUGGUGCUCAUCAACGGCAGGCCACAACAGCAGAUCCCACAAGCUCAACGGCCGAGCGGAACUACCACCAGCAGCAGCGACAGUAACGGCGGUGUGAAUGAACUGGAAGCGGCGAGAGCGAGGUUGAAAUCGAAUAGAAAUUCAAGGGAGGUAAUUGAUGAUUACUCUGUUUCCAACGGUAAAUCUGGGGUUGUUGCCCCUGACCAGUUCAGUUAUCCGUCGAGCGGGACGUCCAGUGAGCAAAGAACAGAGAGAAACAACGGAGGUGUCUACGUCAAGAAAACGGGCAACGAAAACAAAUCCAACAUCUCCAGUGCCUCGACAGACUCGCAGCCUUCCAUAACCGUUAAGUCCAUCAACUCCAUUUCCUCCCUCGCUAACAGCAACAUCAACCCCUCUGGCCCCACGUCUAGCCAGACAACCAAAAAUGUCUCCUCCUCCUCCUCUUCGUCCCAUGUGUCUUCCACAUCCUCGAUAUCUGCCAGUUCCUCAGCUCCCAAACUGUCAGGGUCGGCAGAAAACAGCAUUGUGGCGUCAUUUCUAUCUUCAAAAUCGGGACUCGGUACGGGGAGAGCAGAUGUCCCAAUCCACUCAACAACUUCUGCUCGCUCUACCACAGGCGGCGUACGGUCAGCAGCGCAGCCUAACCGCAACUCGGAUUACUUUCCAACAACGACAUCACGCGGAGAGUCCCCACCUCUCCCUCCCUCCUCCUCCUCCUCAAUUGUCGAUACUUUUAAAGCCACGCCCCACGCAGGGGUCGCCAACAUCCGGCGCAGCAAGUCCAGAGAGGAGCUCCAGGCAGCAACGGUCACAGCACCAGCAGCCGGACACCAACAAGGCCGGCCCAUGGACCGCGACUCUCUGCUCAGACAGAUCCAGGCGCGCCGAGUGGACCACGAGGACAACUCUGUCGAUGGUGCUGGGAGCGGAAGCAACUUCCGAGCUAUGGCCAAGCUGUCGCAGUCCAUGCCCACGUUGUUCCGGGAAG